AUGUCUCUCAACGAUGGCACGUCCGGCUCGAUAACCAUUCUUUCGGGCCAAAUCGACCUCGAAGCCAUGGUAUCCUCGCUAGCCAUGCUGGGCAUUGGCUGCACUCUUUUGGCCAGCAGUCUCGCUCUUCCUCCAAAUCGCAUGAUUGCUACCUCAGUGCCCAAACCAGCCGGACGCUCCGUGUCCUCUCGAGCGGGCAACCUCGAUCCUCUGACCUUGUUAGACCUCCACCUCAAUACCAGCAUCACAACCCCGAGACCCAGCGAAUCUCCGGUCGGAUCCUGGGCUAUCGAAUGCGGUCGAGACAACACUCCACCGGGAUGGGCUGUGCCACCGGAGACACAUCAAAUUGCACGUCCGACCGACUGCCGCAGUGCCAUCUCUCGUGUGAUUAGGGGAGGCGAACCCUGGGAGCCCCAAAUCUGGACAUCGCAAGCGAAUUGGUCGUUUCGUUCGUGUGGCGUCUUUCUCGCACCUGGCUGGAGUUACGCUCGUGUCAAUUUUCCGAGGAUUGACAUGGCUGAAAUCGCUCAAGAGAUUGCGCGGAUGUGCGUGACUCAAGAGCAUGACUUCAUGGGUGGCUGGGUUGCGAUCGGUGGUUAUUUCAUUUUGUUACUCACUGGGAGGGAAGCACCUGAAAGACAGCGUUAG